UUUUUUUAAAUUACAGUUGAGAAUCUGGAGAUUGUGGUGACUUACCCAGAGACCAGGGGAAAAGGCUGGUUUUCGUUUGGGAGCUAGUAAAGGGGGGGUCCUCCCCAUUAAACGUACAUAGGAUUGCACUGCACCAGCGCCUUUUAGGAUUUGGUAUCCUCUGAAAUUAGGGGACUUCUUGGGUGCCUGUUACAUUAUACCCCCUUCCCCGCCUCCGGGUGAAAUAUUGCUCAACUAGGGUUACCGCCCACUAAAGGAGUAGUUGCAGUUCGCUUCCCCCGGAUUUUUUUUUUUUUUGGCCGGAACUUUUGUGCUGGGGUGCGUAGACGAGGAGGGUGGUGUUACGCGUUGCUCUCGGUGGAUGUGUGCAGACUGGGGCGGGAUGGCAGCGGGGCAUUUACAGCAACUAUGGGGAGCGGCAGGGCUCGGUCUGCUUCGAGGGGCGCUCGUGGGUCGCGUCGCCACUCUUCGGCCUCUUGGCCUGUUGCUCCCCCCGCAGCCUCGGUCGGUGGUGAUCGCCAUUCGCAGGGCGGGAGGCGAUAGGGGCCUUGAGGCAAAUCCUUUCUUCGAGAAAUACCAAAGCAAGAUCCAGGAACUUCGCAGAUCCAAUCCAGAUAUUUUUGAAUCCGGAAUGGAACAAAAGAGCGAUGUGAAAAAGCCACCAGUGGAAUAUUCGAAGCAAGCAGAGUUUAUCAAAUAUAUGGAGGAAAAGAUCAAAGAAUCAAUUCAUGGGUUCACAAAAAAUAAGACACUUGAUUCUAUACUUAAUGUGGAGAUGAUGAAAAAGAGGAAGCCUGAAGAAAUAAAACAGAUAUGGAAGCAAUAUUAUUCUGGAGAAGACACCGUUUAUGCAGUUAUUCCUGGAAAGACUUUCGAUCUGAUGUGGAAGCGAAUUCAGGACUGCCCAUCUUUUCUAUAUGCAUUGCCAAGGAAGGAGGGCUAUGAGUUUUUUGUGGGACAGUGGUCAGGAACAGAACUCCACUUUACUUCUCUAAUAAACAUUCAGACUCGAGGGGAAGCUGCUCCCACCCAAUUGAUCUUGUAUCAUUAUCCUGAGCUUCAGGAGGAAAAGGGAAUUGUUCUGAUGACAGCAGAAAUGGAUUCCAGAGUUUUGACCGUAACAGAAGCUCAGUGCCUUGCCAGCCAGGUGCAGCUUUUUUAUGCCACAGACCGUGAAGAGAUUUACCGUUUAGUAGAAGCAUUUAACCACCAGCCAGCUGAGUUUAAGUACAUGUCUGUAAUAGAUGAGAUUGAGCAGAGCCGAGUUGGGGAAGAACUGAGGCCUCAGCAAGACCCAACAUCUCCCACUGCUUGAGAAGUGAAGCAGCCUUUAACAGACAUGACGGUUAUGGGAAGUGUUCUUGCCUUGGGUCUGGAGUUGCUGCUUCCUACAGAAAUCAUCCUGAUCGGGAAAGGGCGUCUGAUGGGGAGAGGAGCAUCUUACCAAGCGGGCUGCACUUCCUCUGGGAAUGCGGAGGCACUUGCACAACCUCUUUUGUUUCUGAAUGGUAGGAGAAAGGAGGAAAGAAUAAACCUUGAUAGCCACCACAUCAUGUUUGAAACUUGCUCUUUCCGCAUUGCACACAGACCAGCAAAUUUUAGCAUUUAUGAAGAAUUCUGUAAAUCUCUUGUUCAUUCAGCAGGGAAAGAGAAUGUGAGGGGUGACAUGGGAGAGACUCCUGUUAAUGGAUACGGUGAGUUCCCAGACAAAACUUAUCUUAUUAUUUGCACCUUAGCAUGGUGUGUUCUUAGACAAAACGGAUAUAGAACACCCUUGGUGUACAUGAAACUCUACUGCCCAAGCAAAAAGGACUAUUCCUUGCCCUGUGGGGCUUAAAUAUCAACUAUUUGACAGGAGGAGGAGAAGAGGUAUAAAAUGCACAUCUUUGGAAAUCUGUAAAGUUUGACCAAACGUCACGGCCAUCUGAUAUGUAAAACCAAAAACAUCUGAUUUUUCUUUUUUAAAUUAAAUGUCAUUUGAAGCAGUCCAUCACGAAA